AUGUAUAUAAAUACUACUCACACCCCAGACAAAAAAAAUUCCUAUUUGAACAAAUUUAAUAAAAAAAGAAUCUAAACAACAGAUAAAGAAAACAAAGUUUAGAAUCUAAGCAAUUUGAGCACAAAUGAUGAUUGCAAAUCUUAUUGUGAUAGUGUUGAUUAUUAUCGACAGGAAAAUCAUGAACUUAAAAAACUAGUUUUUUAGUUGAAAUUUGAAAUGAAAUCCUAAUUAGAAUCAUGUUUGAUAGAGUAGAAACAUAACCUAAAAUCUGUAGUUUAAAAAUAUAAAUCAUUUAUUGACGAGUUGAUGAUUCAAAAAAAUUAGGUUAGUUCAGAGUGUGAUGAAUGGAAGCAAAAAUGCGAAUAACAAUAAUAAAUAAUUGAAUAAUAAAGAUAAUAAAUCUAUAAUCAAUCUUAAGUUAUUCAAUAGAAUUUAUUCACAAUCCAAAAUAUUUAGCAAGAAUUUCAAUAGGAAUUAAUGCAGAACUAAAUGGAAGUGCAAUAAAUAAUGAAUUUGAAAGAUUAAACUAUCGAUGAAUUAAACUAAAUUAUUUAAUAAUAAUAAUUAUUAUGA